UGUUCAUCCUAGGAGCCUACUGCUCUGUGCUCACCCUGGCUGGCCGUCACACCACUGAUUGGGGAAUCUCUAUCUCUGCCAAUCAGCUACAACCAACCCCCGGUGCUUUCACAGCCAUUUGGUCAAUGACUUGGGAACUGGUUUAAUAAAAAGCUUCUUGCUGUGCCUCUGAGGUGCUAGAGAUUUAGCUCUGGGCCAAGGCCUCUGCCCCAACCACUGGUGGGCAACUGUCUCUGUGUGUUGAGUCACCUCAGGCGGGAAACUGAAGCCGUUACUGUCCAAACCCUGUUUCUUCUUCCCAAGCAUGUCAGAAAGCUGGCAGCAACCCCCUCCCCCUCCAGCCCCACCACAGCAGCCCCCGCCCCCGCCUCAGCAGCAGCAGCAGCACCAUGCCGAGCCCCCACCCGCCCUGGCGGAACACUCAAUCCCCCCAAGUGCUGCGGAGAAUCCCCUGGGCUGUGCCGUCUACGGCAUUCUCCUGCAGCCCGAUCCCAACUUGCAGCACCACCAGCACCCGCCACUGCAGGCCCCCACCGAGCCGUCCCACAAGUGCGGGGUGUGCGGCCAUGACCUGACCCACCUCUCGAGCCCUCACGAGCACCAGUGCCUGCCGGGCCAUGACCGCUCCUUCCAGUGCACCCAGUGCCUGAAGAUCUUCCACCAGGCCACGGACCUCCUGGAGCACCAGUGCAUCCAGGUGGAGCAGAAGCCCUUCGUGUGCGGCGUGUGCAAGAUGGGCUUCUCGCUGCUCACCUCCCUGGCGCAGCACCACAAUGUGCACAGCGGCAGCGUCAUGAAGUGCUCCAUCUGCGAGAAGACCUACAAGCCUGCUGAGGCCGAGACGGCGCAGUCGGCAGCGCCUGCGCCCGAGCCCGUGGAGAAGCCCUACAGCUGCUCCAUCUGCCAGAAGCCCUUCAAGCACCUGUCCGAGCUGUCCCGGCACGAGCGCAUCCACACGGGUGAGAAGCCCUACAAGUGCACGCUGUGCGACAAGAGCUUCAGCCAGUCGUCUCACCUGGUGCACCACAAGCGCACGCAUAGCUCCGAGCGGCCCUACAAGUGCACCGUGUGCGAGAAGACCUUCAAGCACCGCUCACAUCUGGUGCGCCACAUGUACGCGCACUCCGGGGAGCACCUCUUUAAGUGUCCGGCCUGCGAGCUGCACUUCCGGGAGUCCUCGGAGCUGCUGCAGCACGCCUGCACACCCAGCGGGGAGCGGCCCUUCCGCUGCGGGGAGUGCCAGAAAGCUUUCCGCCGGCCCUCCGACCUGCGGCAGCACGAGCGCACGCACAGCGAGGAGCGGCCCUUCCAGUGCGACCUGUGCGAGAUGAGCUUCAAGCAGCAGUACGCCCUCCUGCGGCACCGGCGCACGCACAAGACCCCGAGUCCUGCUGCCACGGCGGCUGCUGCAGCGGCUGCGGCGGAGCCCUUCAAAUGCGCACUGUGUGAGAAGGGCUUCGCACAGCCGGGCCAUCUGGUCUACCACCAGCACGUCCACAGCCUGGAGAGCAUCUUCAAGUGUGGCGUCUGCCAGAAGGGCUUCGACCAGUCUUCCGAGCUACUGCGGCACAAGUGCUCCCAGAGCGCCGAGCGUCCCUUCAAGUGCACCGUGUGCGCCAAGGCUUACAAGCGCGCCUCGGCCCUGCAGAAGCACCAACUGGCCCACUGCGCCGAGAAGCCCCUGCGCUGCACGCUCUGCGAGCGCCGCUUCUUCUCCUCCUCCGAAUUCGUGCAGCACCGCUGCGACCCGGCCCGCGAGAAGCCCCUCAAGUGCCCGGACUGUGACAAGCGCUUCAAGUAUGCCUCGGACUUGCAGCGGCACCGGCGGGUGCACACCGGGGAGAAGCCCUACAAGUGCCCCUCCUGUGACAAGGCCUUCAAACAGCGUGAGCACCUCAACAAACACCACAGCGUGCAUGCCCGGGAGCAACAGUACAAGUGCAUGUGGUGUGGGGAGCGCUUCCUGGACCUGGGGCUGCUGCAGGAGCACAGCACCCAGCACACCGCUGAGGGCGCCUACCAGGUGGCCGCCUGCCUGCCCUGAGCGGCAGCCCCGGCCUGCUGGCCCAGCCUGCCAGGCCUUCCUCUUCACUGCGGCUCUCCUACCAUGCACAGUGUCUUCACCGGCCUGGGGGCAGGGAGGAGGCAGAGCCCAACUCCGCAAGCUCCCCCCUUCCCUAGUGACAGCUGAGCGGGCCCCUCUCUGUGAGGGAAAUUCAGAGCCACACCUCGGCAGAGACCAGUUUGGUCCUCUUCUCCAGCGCCAGGCCCCUCUCCGCAUUUUCCAGCCCAACUAGAACCAGACCUGGGAGUGUGGCCUGCAAGAAGCCUGCUGCCGCAGCUCUUGCUGAUGGCUGCAGGUACUGCGACUUUGAACCUGCACACGGUGAUGGUGUGACGAUAGGGAGGGCCUUCCGCUUCUCCAGAAGGAAGCACCACACAGCCCAGCCGGCAGGGACCUGGAGGAGGCCAGUGCCUGUCCAUGCACUUGUCACAAGGGCACUAUUUAUGACCAUUUGAUUAAAAAGGACCAGAGACAGAGGCUUCCUUGGCCUUAGGAGAAAGGCUUCCGAGCCUUUCUCUAUUGGGGAGCGGGGAGGAAGCCUCUCCUUCACUGAGAGUUCAAAGAUCAAUUUCCCUAUUUAAGGGUGGCAUCAUCUCUGUCAUCUUGGCGUUUCUUAGUUGGUCAUGAUGCCAUCUUAAAGUGGCAGACCUUGGCAGGACAGGACCGCUGUGUGUGGGGACCAGGAUCCUUGGACACUACAGCAGAUGAGGAAAAGACAAAGGGCAGAGAACAUCAUCCCUGAGCUCUGGGUUUUUUUGCCUUUUUUUUUUGGAGGAGCACCACUGAUGCCCCUUUCUUAUUUAAAUAACAAUGUUAGAAGGCUUCUAGUUUGAUGGAAUGGGUGAGAGCUAAGCUUUGCCCAGCCCCGUCCUCAUGAUCAAGACCAAGUUUGGCCUGUAGAUGCAAGGAAGGGCAAACUUUGAGGCGUGGGGAGUGAGCCUGGUCCCUGGGUCAUCCUUUUGUCACUUGGCCCUUCUUUCCUUUCCGUGUGAAUGAUUCUAUUGAGUUGGGACAAGAAAGGAGCUUUCCACAGCCCGCAGCCUGGGUGGCCCGAUUUGUCUGAGCUGAUGCAACCUGUAUUGUGGAUGUCACCCAACAGAGGAUGCUUCAUUCAGUGUCUGUACACUUCCUGGGUCAGAGGGGUGAUUCCUGGAGUUAACUGAC